UCAAACCACAAGGAAAAAGAAGGAGGAAUCGGAGGAUUUCGAGAUCGUAGCGUUACGUACAGUUGAUAAACAUUUCUCCACACCUUUUUUACUAAACGAUUUUAUCACACUGUGCUGUGCCUAGUAUUUGAAAUUAGCCUACAUCUCAGAUUUCACAGUCAUGGCAGGGAGGCCAUUUGAUUUUUCCUCUGAGGAUGAUCUGUAUAGUCUCUGUGAAGACACUGACUGUACUUACUGCAGGAUUUCUAUCCCAAUGACUCGGCCACACCUGUCACAGCGGCAUCUUAAAUAUGCAGUAUUUUACAAAAAAGCCAACUCUGUGCAGUUCACUAUACCCUGCUACUGCACUGAUGGAGUACAUGGCAGAAGCCACUGGCAUUGCUCCAAAUGUGUAAGAACUAUACAGAGAGGUGGGGAUUUCAAAAAACAUCUACAAAAUCACGGAUAUGAAGUGGCAGAGAAAUGUUCAGGGGCCCAGCAAACCACCUGGGCAAAAAAAGAUUUUGUUGCCAAAAAAAGAUCUUAUUCAGAAGACCAACUAUCUUCAAAAGUGCAAGCUCAUAAACUACCCUGUCAGAUACCUGUUAAGACAGAUUUGCCUCCACAAAAUGUUAAUUUUAGGUGCCACAAAUGCCAGAUUGAUUUUUCUACUGUCACAAAUUUGAGGAGACAUGAGAAGGGGCAGCAUGGCAUGGAGGACCCAAAGCUUUGCGUAGAUCAGAAAAAUGGCAUUUCAGUAACACCAAAGAAGCAAAAUAAGACAGAUUUGCCUCCACAAAAUGGUAAUUUGAAAUGCCGGGAAUGCAAGAUUGAGUUUUCUACAGUCUCAAAUUUGAGGAGACAUGAGAAGCAGCAGCAUGGCAUGGAGGACCCAAUGUUUUGCGUAGAUCCAAUAAAUGGUAUUUAUGUAACACCAAAGGAGAAACAUGGGCAAAGACUGCCACUCCAUAUCGUCAAACAUAUUCUCCUGGGGAGAAUAUCUUGUGAGUUAGAAAAAUGCAAAGACAUGUCAAGGAUAGCAACCCAGAAUGGACAUCCUGGAUGGGAAUGUGAACACCUUAUAAGGACACAGUCGGCACAAGGCUACAUUCCUCCACCACGCCUGAAAGAUGUCUCUCUGGACAAAAUGCUGGACAAUGGAUUAAUCUCCAAAUCAGGGCUCCAGGAAUGCAAGUACAUACAUUUGAAGGCCAGGGAAGAAGGAGUUGAUUGCGUCUUCCCUGUUUUUUGGGGGGAAUAUGGCCUAUCACAGAGAUACAUCUACUUCUCUGUAUUCACCAACCUCAAAGACAACUGGUGUAAGUUUGGGAGAACAAUAGUAACAUUUAACACAGUAUCUGCUAAAUGGCACUGUCAGUGUAAGGCCACCAAAGACCAGAGCUGUGUCCACAUAUAUUUAUGCACGUGGUGGACAUUCCAGGAGCGUCCAGAAUUACUACAAAUGGAAGUGGAAGUAACUCUGGAAGAAACAGAGGACCUAAAGAAGCAAGGACGAGAGAUGGAUGAUGAGCCACAACCAUCGAUUGAGACCGCAUCAGGACUAGUGCCUGAAAUAGAAUUAGAAAUAGAUUUGAAAUAAUACCAUACGUACACAAGCCCAGGGAAUCUGUGUUUUUGGUCUUUUACUGUCAGUUGAUGAUCCUCUGUGUAUUUGUAAAAAGUUUUGAUAUGUUUUUGUGAAGAAAUUGGAUAAAGAGUGCUUUGAAGGCAAAUAAACGGUUUUUCGAUGUAUGAGUUGGGUGUGUAAGUCAACAAAUCCAAUCUUAUAUAAUCUUAAAUAAAACUAAAACACAAUUUUAAAAUGUGUCAGCAAGUGUUAGCUAGAAUUGUAAAAAUU